UUUAAAACACACACAGAAGAUGUCUGAAUUUUUGCCUGAAGAGAUUGUAGUUCAAAUAUUAAGCAGAUUGCCUGCCAAGUCUGUUUUAAAAUUCAGUUGUGUGUGCAAGUUAUGGAAUUGUAUCAUCAAAAACCCUAAUUUUAUCUCUACUUUCUCAUCAAACAAACAUAACCAUUACAUCUGUCUGCUUCGCUCUUUUAGCGACCAAUUAUCUCUGCAUAUGGACAACGAAGAUCUGGAUGAGUACCUGUCUCUAAAUCUACCUUUCAACGUAGGCAACAUCUUCAUUGCUGCUGGCUGUAGUAAUGGUCUUGUCUGCCUCUAUUAUGUCACCGCGUAUAAGUUUAUUUUUUGGAACCCUUCAAUUAGAAAAUCGUGGCUGAUAAACGAACCUAUUUGUGGUCUUCUUGGUUCCGUAAAUGUAACUGGGUUUGGGUUUGAUUCAAGAACGAACGAUUACAAAUUGUUAUUGGCUCGGUUUUCGGUGUGCUCUAUUAAGGACGUGGUUCUCUAUUCACUAAAUUCUAAUUCUUGGAAGAAAAUCACUAAUUUUGGUGGUGGCAGGACUAUAAUUAUCGAGGGCAUAGGUUCGUUGAAUACUUCAGUUCUCGUUAAUGGCAGAUUUUAUUGGCUUGUGAUUGCUGAGAAAAAGAAUAUAGUGUUGAUAUUUGAUUUAAGAGAUGAGACGUUUGGAGAGAUAUCAUUGCCUCGAUGUUUGGAAAAUGCUUAUCCUAAACCUUUGCAAAUAAAAGCAUUUGGAGAAUCGUCCAUUGCAAUUGCCUGUAUAAAAAGUCUGUGUGAGUGUGAUAUAUGGGUAAUGAAAGAGUACGAGACUUGUGAAUGGAUGAAGUUAGCAACAGUCGGAAAUUGUUCUCAGGUGCUUGAGUUUAGAGAUAACGGUGAAGUAUUGGUUCAGUCUGAUAGAAAGCGAAGCUUAGCAUCGCGUAAUAUAAAGAACUUAGCAUCGCAUAAUAUAAAGAACGGAUGCAUAAAGAAUCCGAUGGCUUUAGAAAGCAAUGAAACGGUGUGUGCUUAUAGGUAUGUGGAGAGCCUAGUGUUACUUGAUAAACGUAAUGAUAUUUCAAACGAGCCAUGAUUUUCCUAGCUGCACGUAGCUAAACGUCAAAUUGUUUUGAGUUAUUUUAAUAUUGAUAUCGUGUUUUUAUUUAUGAAAUGUAAUUGCAAUCUAGAUUCAGGAUUCUGUAGAAAUACUUUAUGUGCUGGUGUGUUACAA